UCUCACCUUCUCUCGACCUUUCUCUGCAACUACCCUUCUUCCCUCUGUUACAUUUACAUUCCCUCUUCCUAACACUCACACACACACACACACACUCAUCCAAAUGGCCGUCUCGGGUUUCGAAGGCUUCGAGAAAAGAUUGGAGCUUCAUUUCUUCGGCGAUGAUCCGGCCAUCUUCCCACUUGGGCUAAGGAAGCUUGAGUUUCAAUCACUGGAACAGGUCCUCGAAGCUGUCCAAUGCACCGUCGUUUCAGCAGUAGGAAACUCCUACUUCGAUGCCUACGUGCUGUCAGAAUCAAGCCUCUUUGUUUACCCGACCAAGAUCAUCAUCAAAACAUGUGGCACAACCCAGCUUCUGAAAUCCAUUCUUCCCUUGAUCCAAUACGCUCACCACUUAGGCCUCACCCUCUCCUCUUGCCGCUACACCAGAGGAAGCUUCAUCUUCCCCAAGUCACAACCUUUCCCUCACACCAGCUUCAAGGACGAGGUUACCUACUUGCAAGACACAAUCCCUUCAAACCUCUGCUUCAGAAAAGCCUCCAUCAUGCCCUCAAAAUCUUCUUCACACUCUUGGCACGUCUUCACCGCCAACGACAGCACACACGCUCUCCCCCACCUGCCCUAUGAUCACGACAACGAGUUACUAUUCACCAUGGAGAUCUGUAUGACCGAGCUGGACCCCAUCCUCGCACGCAAGUUUUUCCGGCCACCGGAGGACGGAAAAUCCGGCGACUCUGCCGGGAAGGAGAUGACGGAGCUCACCGGGAUAAACGAAAUCAACCCGGACGCCCUUAUCUGCGACUUCGCGUUCGACCCGUGUGGGUAUUCCAUGAAUGGCAUGGACGGGGAUUGGUACUCCACCAUCCACGUCACUCCGGAGGACGGUUUCAGUUACGCCAGCUUCGAGUGCGUCGGCUCCGUCAACGACAACAUGGCACACGUGUUGAGGAAGGUGGUGAAGAUUUUCCGUCCCGGGACGAUGUCCAUAUCCACGACGUGCAAUGGCUUCGGCAACGACACGUGGACGCAGAUGGCGAGUGCGGUGGAGCCUCUGGGCAUGAAAUGUCGGAGCUUUGCAAUGGACCAGUUCCCCGCCGCCGGCACCGUGGUUUUUCAAACGUUCAGCGGGCGCCGGAAAAGUGUCUAAAGGCGGAGAAAGUAAAAGAAAGUGGCGGCGGAGAGAAACAUAAUAGGUAGGAAGUUAGAGUUAGUUGAAAAUUUUAGGGGGGAGGUGAGGUGGCAGAAUGUGAUUGGUUGUGGAGAAGUGGGUGGUAAGUGAUGCAGAAGUAGAAGAGGGUGGAGAAAUGGAGAUUCAUUGGUGUUUGGAAUAUUAUGAAAAAGGAGAAGAAGAAAUGAAGGAAGCAAUGUAAGGUUGGGAUACUGGGUUGAUCAUGAUAAUGCACCCCACUUAGGCUUGUCACGCCUAAGAUUUUUGAAGAUGUGUAGUGGGUGUAAAAGUGCUCUUGUUUGAGGUUAUAUUCAACUUUCUUUCUUCUUCUUCUUUCCCCUUUUUUUUUUCUUUUUUUUUCUUUUCUUUUCUUUUCUCUUCUCUCCUUCCCUCUCUUGUCUUUUAUGCUUUGUUUGUAGAGUAUUAAAGAACAAAAUCACACUUUUUUUUCCUACAUUUUUUCUUCAUUAGGUGUGUAUAUUUAUCAUCUCUCUUCUGCUACACUAUGUUCUGGGAGAUCAGCAAUCAAAAAGAGCAUAGGUGCAUGAGGCAUUACACGAAUCAUACGUAAUAAAGUUUGUUUUCUCACA